AUGAGUCCUCGACCGGACCAAAUCGAAGGAUGUCUGGCGGUUUUGGCCCUAUUGGCCAUACUAAAGCCAAUCAGUCAUUCUCUGAGGCAACACCCUCUUGUGUUGGCGGGGACAUUCACCUUGAUUGCUUUGAUUUUUCUCGAGUAUCCUAAUGUUAAGCGCCGGGUGUCUGCUGCCAACAGGCAACGGAUUGCGUGGCUUCUAGGAAUUUUAUGGGCUUUCGUCAGUGUUUGUUUGUACUACAACAAUCGAGGAGAGGACGCCUUACAAUUGGCGACAUAUCAAGUAUACUUGUCCUUGGGAGCGUCAAAGUGGGCGUUUAUUCCAGUGGCUUUAAUUUCAUAUAUUGCCGAUGGAAAUUAUGAUGCAUACGUUCUAGCGAUGAUGUUAGCAAACGCGGGGUUUAGAUGUACGAGGCUAGCUUCUAUUUUAUCCACAUGGUGGUGGUGGAGUCUCAACGUUUUAGUCAUUGUUAGCCAGGGCCGUUUGUGGACAGCGUAUGCAUUGCUGGCACUUUGGGUAGCUCUCCGAACUUUGGCUGAUUAG